GAGUGUGUCUGCGGAGCCGUGUUUUGUUGCAAAUACGCAGGAUGAUGUUUGAAAUGAAAAGCGAGUCCGUUAAACCGAUAGGCUGCGCGCAGGCUGCCGAGAUCGGCGGAGUGAUGGGAUCUGAGAUCUCACGUCAGUCUAGCAGCGGCUGCAACUAGGAAAAGCCGAUGCAAUGCAGGCCCUUUGUCUUAAACAAAAAGAAUGAAUGAAAUGGAAGACGUGGAAUGAAACCAGACACCUGUGUGGUUGUGAAUGUAAUGCGUACUAGAUCAGUGUGUGUUCUACCCCGCGUCAGUACGUUGAACCCAUCAUCAUCAUCAUCAUCAUCAUCAUCAUCAUCAUCAUCAUCAUCAUCAUCAUCAUCAUCGCCCUCCUCGUUUCUCUGUCUGUAUCAGCUGGAUGCCUGCCCUAGUAUUGAAGAGAGGACAGCAGUUCCUGAUGAAUGGUGAUAUGUUCUGCAGAUGUGAGUGGACAUGACAGCCCUGCGUCAGAGGAAGGGCAGCAGGGCCAGGGAUCCCCCGCUAGCAGCGGACAUCCAAAAACCGCUGAAGACCAACUGUUGUCCAGACCAUCGCGCAGAUAGCAGACUGCAUGGUAAUUGGUCCUGGGGGGCCAUAGUCUGGACUUCUAUUGGCUGGUCCGUGUCCGUGGGGCUGGGCCUUCUGUGCUGCAUCUACGUGGCCACUCUACACGAGAAUGACUUAUGGUUCUCAAACAUCAAGGAAGUUGAGCGUGAGAUCUCCUUCCGGACGGAGUGUGGACUGUACUACUCCUACUACAAGCAGAUGUUGCAAGCUCCGACCAUAGGACAAGGGCUCUGGGAUCUGGUCCAUGACAACAUGACAGAGUCCAAGCGGACCAUCAACCUUCUGGAGAGGAUGAACAUCUACCAGGAGGUCUUCCUAAGUGUGCUCUACAGAGUGCUGCCCAUUGAGGGGUACUUGGAACCCAUCUAUUUCUACAUCUACACAGUGUUCUCCCUCCAGGCAGUGUAUGUGAUCGCUCUCUAUCUGACUGCCUGGCUGCUUUCCGGCACAUGGCUGGCUGGGGUCCUGGCCGCUGUGUGGUACAUUCUCAACAGGGUGGACACCACAAGGGUGGAGUUUACCAUCUCCCUCAGAGAGAACUGGUCCAUGCCCUUCCUGGCCCUGCAGGUCGCUGCCAUCACAUGCUACCUCAGGCCACAGCUCUCAGCACUACUGAAGCGAGUGAUGGUGUGGCUGGUGUUUGUGACCAGCGUCUGCUUCUGCCUCACCUGGCAGUUCAACCAGUUCAUCCUGCUGGUCCAGGCACUGGUUCUCUUCUCCAUGGAUGCCCUGGACCUCAUCUCAGCCAGACAAGUGACCACACUAUACCUGGUCCAGGUGUGCAGCCUGCUGUGUGUGUGGCUCCUCCAGUUCUGCAACUCCAUGAUCCUGGGAUCGCUGGUCCUCAGCUUCAUCAUGUCCGCGCUCUUCGUCAAAUACUACCAGCCCGGUCUGAAGUCAGGGGGGCUGCUGGCACGCCUGGCGAAGCUGGUCCUACACACCCUGCUGGUUCUCUCUCUCACCGGCAUCAUCAACUACUUCACCAAGAAAGCUCUUCAAGUCAGAUCAGACGAACACAUCUUUAAAUUCAUCAAGUCCAAGUUUGGCCUGGGUCCGACACGGGACUUCGACGCCAGCCUUUAUCUGUGCGAGGACGCAUUCGGCCCGUUACCCAUGGAUACGCUGGAGCGUCUGGGAGGGACUCUGCUGCUGUACCCCUACGUUCUCACCAUGGGGGGACUGAUUGCCGUGCUUGCCGUGGUCGCCCUACGCAACCUCAGUGGGAGCAAAGCGAAGGAGGCGUCGGUUGCGGAGGAGGAGAGGAAAGGAGGAGGCGGUGGAGGUGGAGGAGGAGAGGUGGCUGGGGCCUCAGCCAUUCUAAGUCCAGACCUGGCGUACAACCUGCUACACACCUUGUUCUUCGGCCUGCUGGCGUUUAGCACCAUGAGGAUGAAGUAUAUUUGGACGGGUCACAUGUGUGCGGUGGCCACCUACAGCGUCUGUGCUCAGGAGCCUCUGACACUGGUUCUCAGGCUGAUCCGAUGUCACAGCAAAACCAUGAUGAGGAUAAUUCGAUGUGUGGUUCCGUUGGUGUUGAUUGGAUGCCUGUACGUCAAGUUCUGGCCCCAGAUUAUGAAGGAAGUGUCUGAGCUGAGGGAGUUCUAUGAUCCUGACACUGUUGAGCUCAUGAACUGGAUCAGCUCGGACACCCCUCAGAGGGCUGUUUUCGCCGGCAGCAUGCAGCUCCUGGCUGGGAUCAAGUUGUGCACAGGCAGGGUCCUCACAAACCACCCUCAUUACGAGGACCGCGACCUGAGGGAGCGGACUAAGCAGGUGUACCAGGUGUACGCGCAGCGCUCGCCAGAGGAGGUGCAUCGGGUGCUGCGGGCGGCCGGGGCCGACUACGUGGUGCUGGAGGACAGCGUGUGUUACGAGAGGCGGCACGCGCGCGGCUGCCGCCUGCGAGACCUGCUGGACCUGGACAACGGACACAUCAUGGAUGGACCCGGAGAGAACGAUCCCGACCUGGUGCCCGCCACCAAUCCGCGGUUCUGCGAGGCAGUGAAGAGCGACUCUCCGGUCUACUCUGCUCUGUUCACCCAAGCCUUCCGGAACAAAACCUUCCACGUUUACCGGCUCAAGAAGAAGCGAAAGAGAGGCUCCAAGAGCUCCGCGGAGCCGACCCGGACUCACUAACACGUGGACAGAGAGGUGGAAAAUAUGUCGCAGGCAUCUUCAUGGACAGCUAAGGAGAAUAAUCAAAGCCUGGUCCUGUGGAAUGGGAAGUGAGUCCGGGUUUGUUGUGAUCCCUUUUAUUUAAUUGUCCGCUAACCUUUCGCUGGCCGCUUUUCAGCCGUGAGAAUGUUUUUUUUCUGUCGAUUGAUGGAACAUGGUGGGAGGGAAGUCCAAUUAAAGGGCUGUUUCCAGAGCCUACAAGGCUACCUUUCUCUCUCUCUAUCCAUCUAUCUAUUUCUCUUGCUCUCUCUGUCUCUUUCUAUCUGUCUCCAGCUUUCUCAUUGUCUCUCUCUACUCCCAGUAGAGUUUUUUUCAUAUUUUAAUGGUGUAAUAGAAACCUUUUGAAACAAGGUCAAUUAUCAAGCUUGUGGUUUGGCAGGCAGCAGUUCGCUUUUCGUGUGAUACAGUAUUAAGUGCAUUAAGCACUGUCUUUUGUUUUAGUUCCCUUGCUGUGAUUUUAAAUAGGCAAAAUGGCUCACCAUGAAAGGUUACUGUCUGUUUAAUUUCUUCAUUUGGCUUUAACAUCCUCACUACACAGCAUUUUCUCACUGUAGAUAGUGACAAAUCUUUCUCAUCCUCCUUCAGUCAUUUACAUAUUUUGGGGUAAUUGGGCAUUUUUGAUCCACAGGGUAAUUUAAUCUAACUAAAAGCACUCAGCCCUCAAUAUAUUUGUGUGGAAGAAGCUAAAAAAAAUCAGCCUUAUUUUGAUGAAUGCGCUUUGAAAAUGACUAAGACUAAAUUAAUUCACACAUUAAAAAGCUCUGCCAAGGCACAAUGUUAUAAUUAGGAAUUGUAAAUCCUGAAAUGCACACAUUGAACAGUGUCCAACUUGAAUCCCUCAGGUGGUUGUGGUAAUGGUGGUGGCGGUGCUGGUGGGGCGCUGGUAUUCAUCUGUGAAAUGGACUACUAUGCAGCCAUUGGAGUAACAAACAUUAGCUUAGCGUUGCUAAGCCUCUCCGGGAGCUGUGUUUGCCGGGACCCGGUGAACGAUGGAGAGGAAAGGAAGAAGACUCAGAGACGCGACUUGCAUGUGACUAUUUACUCGAUAAAACCCUGUUGUCAACGCAGCAACGCCCAGACCCCUUAUGUAAUCUGAGGCAUGUCAGCUGUUUGCCGACCUCUCACACAGAGAAGGAAUCUUGGGCAUACACACAAACACUCACCAUGCUUGCAAUGCACACACACACACACACACACACACACACACACACACACACACACACACACACACACACACACACACACACACACACACACACACACACACACACACAAACACACACACAUAAUGAAAGUGGUGCCGACAGUUGGUAGGCGUCCAACUGAGCUGAUUCCCUACUGUGCUCCCAAAUGUUUUCGGAGAGAGAGAGAGAGGGAGAGGGAGAGAGUGAGGAUGUGGGGUGGGCGAGGGAGAAAGACACCAACAGAAUAACGGAGCACGAAAAUGUCCACGUUUGAAUAGAAAACAACACACGGUUCCCCUGAACCAAAGGGAAAUGGCUGAAAGGUAGGAGCUAUCUGACAAAGGGAAGGUGCUAAGAGAUGGGAUCGGUUUGGAUUGGGUAUAAAAAUAAACGAGAGGGACGUGUGUGUGUGUGUGUGUGUGUGUGUGUGUGCGUGUGUCAGUGAGUCAGUAAUUACAGGGCUGGCUAGUUGAAGUUGCGUUCAAAAGCCCGCAUGCUAAGAUGUUUGCCGCCCCCGUCCCUUUUAUUCCCGUGUCCCGCUGCCUACAUGAGUGCACAUGCAAAUCAGUGUCCCGUCUCUGAUGGUCCGCACCGCCGCCAGCACACACACCUGCGUACCGAUUUAGAAUGCAGGCUUUUCCUUUUUUUUAAAGGCGGAAAAUGAGGUAUUCACUGUUAUUGUGAGUGAGUGCUGUGUAGAUUGGCGCCGGCGACGGCAUGAAAUGCCCCAAUCAGAGAUCACUGUGAAAUAACGCCUGAUGCUCUCUCGCUACGGCUCCUGAGGAAGAUGUUUCAUUCGGGACGUGUCGGAUUGGUAUAUUCGAGAUUGGCUGUUUAGUGUGUGUGUUUACCUGCCAGGGAGCAUACUCAUGUAAAUUGUGUUUUCUUUUAUUGUAUUAUUUUCCUUGUCAACAUUAUUGAUUUGUGUACGUAUUAAUGGGGAUCAUUUGAGGCCUGCUGCUUCUGUUUUGAAAAGAUAAAUGUUGUUGGUGAUUAUUUACCGUGUAUAUAUUUCAACCUUCUUGGGGAUGGGGGAUAUUUGCAGUCGCGGUACUCCACCGUCGCGCAAACUUCAGAUGAAGGGCAGGAAGUGAAAGGCAGAACGUCAAGCAACAGUCCUCUGUUAAUGAAAACAGUGUGGAACCAUAUGUUUGAGAACGAUGUCAGACAAAAUUCUCCAAUGUAUUUAAACUGGUCCAUAUUGGUUUAAAAAUAAUGAUUAAUCAAACGAUAAUAAUGAUUUACCUGCUAGCAAGUGAGUAGACAUAGUAAAUUACCUUGGACUGUCGCCCAAGUACUUCAACAGAGCUCACAUGAUCAGCAUUCAAAAGCCAGGAGCCAUGUCACUUAUCUGCCAAUGGGUUUGGCAGAUAAGACUUCCUGCCCUCAAUCUCAUAUUUGCUCCAGUGGUGUGACGUCACCUGCAAAACAAAACAACCUAUUAGGAGUAAUGGGAAUAUUUGUCAAGUGUUACUGGGUGUUACGAAACGACAAUGGCACUUUUGGGUGUAUUGUGCCAAUGGGUGUAUUGUACCAACCUGUAUUGUGCCAAAUGAGGUGCCAUUGUUUGCACAGCUAUAGCAAUGGCUCUCCCAUUGUUUAACAAGUUUGACUCGGUUGUUAGAGAAAAGUUUUGGUGUAAAUACGUCACACUGGAAUCCAACCCACAGGGCUAUCAUUCCGCCUAAGUUUGAGUAAAUGGGAAUCAGCGAAUGCAGCAUCUUGUGUUUGAACAGCAGUGAUGAUCAAGUGUUUGUUUGUUUAAUUCAAUGACUUCUGUCUGUCUUCUGUUUAGUGUUUUGGAGGAAAGCUCGUCAGAAUCCUUUCGUUAGCAUGGUACCCAUUCAUUUCAAGAUCCUGCCAUUAGUUUGGAACCUUGCAGCGGGGUCUUCAAAUGAAUGCAAUUGGAUUGUCAUCAUGUUGUGGUUAUGAGAGUGGUAAUAAAACCGAAUGUGUGUACAGAAUGGAGUGCAGUCCUUUAGCUUCUGAUUGCUUCGGACACUUCUCGAAACACACAUCAAUGAUCAUUGAUAUAAUUAAUUUCUGUAUUGAGCUUUAAGCUAAAUAAUACACCUUAAGAGAAAACCACAAGGCUGAAGCCGAUGUUAUACUGGCGAGGUUAUGGAAGUUAAGACAAAAUUUACAGUUUACAGUUUGUAAUGAACACCUUGGAACCUCAGACUAUAAUGGUAACGUUAUUUCUGCUUCCCCGACUCAGUAAUGUCUCCCCAUACUCAUUUCUGAUUGGCCAAAGGAGUCUGUUUCACAGCAUCUAAUCUUUUUCUUUGCCUGUAGUUUACAUUCGAUUUCACUGGCCCUCUUUGGAAUGGCAAUGAACUCUGUUAGCUCAGCAACGUGUACGCCAGUGCCUUGAAAUGUAUUUUAAUCUCACUACAGUUGCCAGUUAUUUCUUGCCAGUUAAAUGGCUGCAUUAUGCAGAUAAUCCACUUUACAUUGGUUAGAUUAACACAUAAGCAAAGUGUCUCAUUAACUGUAUUGCCGAUAAUAGCAGGAAUAGUGGAUCCUUGAGUUUGUUAACAAAGAUAGAAACAUGUCCACCCUCAAAUUAAAGGCUUACUGCCUGCAUCUAUAGCAUCCUGACCACAACCAGAUCGUUAGGUUCAUGCAUGAUCGUUUGUUUCACCUUUAAAAAGCAUCGAUUCAGUUGAUGGCUUAUCUAAUGGAGAGUCGAUGCUGUUACUUGCCAAUAUCAUCCCACUGCAGACGCAAAUGGGCGUUCUCGUGUGGUGGGGGUUCCCGUUUACGCAGACUGGAACGCCCCCUUCUUAUUCUUCGUCGCCUUUCUCGCUGAACUGUAUUAAAAUGUCAAAGUGUACUACUCCGAAACCAUGUAAAUAGUGUUGUAAAUAAACUUCCAAGGCUUUUCAAAUCUUAUUUGGAAAAUAACUUCACAUGGUGUGUCUUUUUACAAUUUAUUCGUUGCCAGCAUUCGUAGUGUUGAUCAGCAGUGAAAUAGUCCGCUAUAAGAUGUUGACGUCGCUUAGCAACCGAAGACGCUGGGGUUGACAAGUUACCGGACUACUACCCAGUACCAUGCAAGUGAACGGAGCGUUCCACGGCAUUGAGAAGACCUGGUUAAUAAAGGCCUAUAAAAUGUUUAUGGCAUAGAUUUCUCCUCAAAUUAGGCCAAUAAAGCAAUGAUAACAAAAACAAAAAAAACACAAACGCUCGAUCAAAGGCCCGACCCGACAAUCGGCAAAACAAAUGACCACUGUAGCAUAUUUAAGCACAAUUCAAAUUGUGCAGAGAAUUAUUUCCAUUGGUCAUUCUCAGUGGCG